GCUUACGUAAUACGGCAAAUGGCGCGAACUACGUUGUUGCUCUGCCUCAGAGAGGCGUUGUCAGGACCCUAAAAGCCAAAUCAGACAGUGAAGAUUCAUGUAAUAUGGCUACUACUGAGAAUGCAGAGUCGGGGUUACCAGAAAAUAAAGUGGAUCGGGCUGACCCAGAUGCAAAAUACCCACUAAAAGUUCUCUAUUGUGGAGUGUGUUCUCUGCCAGUAGAGUACUGCGAGUACAUGCCUGAGCCGGCCAAAUGCAAACAGUGGCUUGAGAAGAACUUUCCUGAUGUGUUUGCUAAACUGACUCUUGCACCCAAGAAGGAAACAACAGGAGGAGGAGGAGGAGGAGGAGGUGGUGGCGGUGGAGAGGCACCCCCUGUGGGAGAGGAAGAGGAGAAGAAGAAACAGAAGAGAGGUUAAACAUUUUUCUUUUAU